UCUUUUGUAGUCUACAACGUAUUACGUAAGGGGGUCGGUAACUACACCGACCAACCGGCAUGGCUUAAAAAAACGGCUUCGCCUCAUAUUAAAGGUCGUAGUCCUGUCUAGUACAGUGUAAACACAUAAAGAGCAUGCACUCCUGGCUCGUGGUUCUUUGGGAAAUCGUUGUACAAUUACUUUUAUAAAUAUUUUUUUCAGUGGGAAUCAGAGGAUACCUACAAUGUCUACUGUACAAGAAAAUUCGCGGUGGCCCCGAGUGUCAAAGUUCACUCUGUCAGCAUGUGCUGCAACUGUUGCAGAAUUAGUCACAUUCCCUCUGGACCUUACCAAAACCAGACUUCAGAUACAAGGUGAAGGCGGUUCGCGGCGGCAUGGUGGAAGUGUACAGCCUCCAAAAUACAGGGGCAUGCUAAGCACAGCUAUGGGUAUAGUGCGAGAAGAGGGGCCCCUGAAACUGUGGCAAGGGGUCACACCAGCUAUUUACAGACAUAUAGUGUAUUCAGGCGGCAGGAUGUUGGCUUAUGAACAGCUCAGGGAAUCUGUCUUGGGAAGAUCAGAAGAUGGCGUUUUUCCAGUAUGGAAAGCAGUGAUCGGCAGUAUGAUAUCAGGUGCCUUGGGCCAGUUCAUCGCUAGUCCAACAGAUCUAGUGAAGGUUCAGAUGCAAAUGGAGGGCAGGCGCCGUCUGGAAGGGAAGCCACCAAGAGUGCAUGGGGUUUACCACGCUUUUACAAAGAUCAUAGCAGAGGGAGGAAUACGAGGCCUUUGGGCUGGAUGGGUUCCCAAUGUUCAGAGAGCUGCACUGGUCAAUUUAGGAGAUCUCAUGACGUAUGAUACCGUGAAGCACUUUUUACUGAGAAACACCUCCAUACCGGACAACAGCAUUUGUCAUGGAUUGGCAAGCAUAUGCUCAGGAUUGGUCGCAGCUACUAUGGGAACACCAGCUGAUGUGGUGAAAACUAGAGUAAUGAACCAGCCACGGGAUUCAAAUGGGAGGGGUCUUCUUUACAAGUCGUCUACUGACUGUCUAGUUCAGUCGGUGAGAAAAGAAGGAUUUUUUUCCCUCUAUAAAGGAUUUCUACCAACUUGGUUUAGAAUGGCUCCCUGGUCUUUGACAUUCUGGCUUACAUUUGAGCAAAUGAGACGAGCAAUGGGCAUCAGCUCAUUUUGAUGAUGUUGGACCUAGAGUAUUUUUUGUACUUUGUCCCCAGAAAGUUUCUGAGAUGAACAUUCCAGACCUAAUUUUUAGGUGCGAAUUCAGUUGUAUGCAGGUACACACUGCAGGACACGAAUAUGAAGAUUUAAGUUUAGAUUGAUUGCUGUAUGUCUUGGAGAAAAUAAAACGGUGCUGCAAUCAUUCAAGCCUUUUUUAUAUAAGAAAAUGACAGUUGUUCUCUCUCUCGUUCUCUCUCUCCUUUUUUUAAUGCUUGUAAGAAAUAUUUUGCUGGAAAGCAGUUUUCUGAUUUUGCAGAAAAAACAUCUUAAACCAGCCUAAGUGAGUUUGCUGGUCUUAGCUUGUUUAAACUGGUCUCCCAUUUGGUUAUUUUAUAUUAUUAUAGUGUUUAUUCACUUUUUAAAUUACUUUAUAUUUUUAUAGUUUUCAUUUUAAUAUGAGUUAAAGUUGUAGUAAUUUUGUGUGUUUUUGUCAUUUUUCCAAUUUUGUAAUGUCUAUAUGUGACCAUGGACCACAAAACCAGUUAUAAGGGUCAAUUUUAUGAAAUUGAGAUUUAUACAUCAUCUGAAAGCUGAAUAAAUACGCUUUCCAUUAAUUUAUGGUUUGUUAAUAUAGGACAAUAAAUUAAAUUAAAAAUCUGGAAUCUGAGGGUGUAAAAAUACUGAGAUCAAAUACUGAGAAAAUCGCCUUUAAAGUCGUCCAAAUGAUGUUUUUAGCAAUGCGUAUUAAGUUUUGAUAUAUUUAAGGUAGGAAAUUUGCUAAAUAUCUUCAUGGAACAUGAUCUUAAUAUCCAAAUGAUUUUUGGCAUAAAAGAAAAAUCGAUAAUUUUGACCCUUACAGUGUAUUUUUGGCUAUUGCUACAAAUAUACCUGUGCUACUUAUGACUGCUUUUGUAGUCCAGGGUCACAUAUACAUGUUUAUUUUAGUACAUCAAGUUGAACUAAAUCAAAAUGUAAAAUAAGAGUGUACAUUUUUUAAAUGUUUAAGUAACAUAUCGUUGUACCUU